GAUCUAGAAUAGUCUAAUUUGAGAUUAAAUCAAGUUAGUUUAAUUUGAAAUCAGUCUACCUUAUCAAAUCUAAUUUUCUGGCACUAAAUAUAGAUACAAACAGUUGGACGAAGCAAAGAAUUGAAUUUUUAUAAAUGCCCGAACUCUAUAAAUUGACCAACUGAGACGCUCGAGAGAGAGAGAGAGAGAGUUGCAAUGCCGUUGGGGAAGUACGACUGCGAAUACUGCGACAAGCAAUUCCAAGACACUCCAUACGGUCGGAGACGCCAUCUUCAGAGCCUCCAACACCUCCGAGCCAAAGCUCAAUGGUACGACUCUUUCAAAGAUCCUAAUGAUGCUUAUGCACAAAGCUUGGGAAGAGGGGUCUGCAACCGCUUUAUCAAAACGGGGUUUUGCCAAUAUGGGGAUGCUUGUAAGUAUUUUCACCCCAAGAACAAUCAGCAGAAUACAAUGACUCAAGGGGCAUCAGGUGUAACUGAUAAUAGUCAGUCUUCAACUUUUCAAGGGAAUCAAACGGCUGCAGGCUGCUCUUUGCCAGAUGUGGUGGUUAGAGAUAACAUGGGAAUGUCAUGGGGAAAUCUACCUCCAUCGCUAAUGCCUCCUCCGGAGGGUGGAUAUCCUCCGCUUCCUUUUGUGGACUGGGGAUGAGUCCUCUGUGUCUUUCAUCCACCAUUUAGGUAGUGCUGUACCCAUACAGGUUACUAGCUUAGCUGCACAAUGAAACAUGGAUGUCUCUCAGCAAAAUGAUGUGAUAUGGAGAUUGUCUUCAAGCCAUGUAGGAUUGUAGCUUUUGUUUUGUAUCAAUUCACAAUUUCACAGAAACAUGUUGUUCAUGUCCUUCUUUGUUGAAGAGAAUGUGUUGCACCUUCUACUAUAAGCUGAUAUUAUAACGAGGGUGCUUUGUCUAUAUUGUUCUCAACUGUUAGGCCUGGGCCUAUGACUUUUCAAGACUUUUGCAGUGCCAAAUAGUUUAAAGGAACAGCUUGAACAUUCCUGAAAAUAUGAAAUGUCUCUAGUUUUGUACAAAUUUCUCCUAUUAACAUCCUUUCAUUUCGGUCAA